UGGUAAUACCAUGGUGUUUUUUUUUUAGGGUAUAGUUGUAUAGUUGUGUGAAUAAUGGCCUGUUAAGCCCGUUAUAAGCGACCCGGCUUGUUUACAUUCGCAUAUUAUCGGAUGGUAUGCCAUUUUCCUGGCUCCAGUCUAAGCAGACCGAAUUUUGAAAUAAUAUUAUUCACUGGACAGUCCAGGGACAAGAAAAUAAAAUCCUUCUCUUCAAAAUGUGGACUAAUAAUACACUGCAAGAUCUCCCCAGAAAUUUUGGCUACGUGAUCCUCACAGCCGUGGCCAGUGCCUUCAUGGUCGGCUAUCUUGCUGAAAGAGUCGCUUUUGCUCGUAAGGCACUUAAAGUAAAGUAUCCUACAUUUUACAGCCCAGACAACCAGCUGUUUAACUGUUCCCAACUUGCACAUGGGAACACUUUGGAGACUUAUCCUCAGUUCCUGAUGUUUCUCUUUAUCGCUGGUAUUGGUUUUCCGGAAGCUUCAUCGGUGCUUGGAGCCAUCUGUAUCGUGAGUCACAUGAGUUAUGCUCAUGGUUACUACACUGAAGCAAAGCAAUCUCACACACAACUUCCCUAC